CUACCGGCGAAUAAUUUUUUUUGAAUAGCUGACUAAGUUUUCAAUUUUACAGCUCGAAAAAUGACACUAGAAGACUUAUUUUAUCUGGUGUAAAUGAUGGAGCCAGACAUGCGACAUAUGACAUAUAUUUGAAACAACAAUAGUGGUUAUCAGCACAAUUUAAAAUGUAAACAGACACCGGGUAAAAAGUGCGCAAUUAUCAAACAAAACGUCGGUAAGGCCUAACUGAAAUAUUUUUAUCUUGUAUGACCUCAAGUGUUCUGACACACUUAAAACUUAGUCAUUCACGUCAUUUUAUAGUUAUCCAAUGACGUUGAAAAGACAGAUCUUUGUAUAUUGUCUACACACUAUAAAAAGCUGUACAAGAGGACUUUCGUCGAAGUCAAAAGGCAUGGAUGUUGAAAGUGUUCAUAAAACUGCACAAGAAGGGUUUAAACAGGGUGACCAUUAUGAUCGCAAUAGACCCUCAUACUCUGAUGAACUGGCAGCUCAUGUCAUUAAAAGUCUUCACGGAGGGGACCAUAAAGAUACACAGUAUGAUAUUCUAGAGCUUGGAGCAGGAACUGGGAAGUUUACCAGGAAGAUACUGGAGGCCUUGAAAGGUCUACCGAAGAUGCGGUACAUAGCCUCGGAGCCAUCAGAAGGUUUUUUAUCAGUUCUACGUCAACAGUCGCCAACUGUGGAAACAUUAGUUGGCUCAGCAAUGAAAAUUCCUUUACCUGAACAAUCUGUGAUGAACGUAAUCUGUGCUCAGUCUUUUCACUGGUUUGCAACGAAAGAAAGUUUGGCGGAAAUACAAAGAGUGCUGGUCCCUGGUGGAAGACUCGUGUUAGUUUGGAAUGAUAAAGACUGGAAUAUAGAAUGGCUGAGAAAAUUGGAAGAUGUUUUAACGCUGUAUUAUGAUGACACUCCUCGUAAAAUCACAGGGAAGUGGAAAAAUGUGUUUGAUGGAUGUCCGUCAUUCAGAUGUGUGGAACACAGGCAUCUUGCAGGAAUCACUGGUAUGAAGGGUGACAAAAAUUUUGUGCUGAAUCACUUUACAUCAAUCAGUGUGAUAGCGAGGCUGGAUCCUCAGCAGAGACAGGAGGCGUUAGAAAAGUUUAAAGCUGUGUUGGACGAGGCAUUUACAGAUGAUGAAGAAAUUGACAUUCCUUUCAAAUCGGACUUUUACUGUACAGAGAAGAUCGUAUCAUAAAAUCACAGAUAAAUAAAUGAAAGUUUUAGCUA